AUGUCUAUCCACACGUUUGAAAUCCCUGCUGUACCAAAGGAAAGGUGGGAUCAACUAAGAAAGAAAUUGGCCGAGGCGGUAUAUCCAAAUGAAUUGGAUAAGGAUGUCGGAUGGCGAUACGGUGUACCUAGCUGGGCUAUCAAACCCGUUGUCAAGACAUGGCUUGAUGAAUACGAUUGGGAAAUUGCACGCGCUGAAAUGAAUCGUUGGCAUCAUUACCAAACCACCAUUGAAGACAUUGCGAUCCACUUUAUUCACGAGCCAUCAAAAAAUCCAAAUGCUGUACCAUUGCUUUUACUUAAUGGAUGGCCUUCUACCUUCUACGAGUAUCACAAGGUGAUUGAAGCCUUACGCGAUGGUGGUAGUACAGAUGGGCAGGCAUUCCACGUGGUGAUUCCUAGCAUGCCCGGAUAUGGAUUUUCCGAAGCACCAAAGCAACCUGGUUGUGGCCUUGCAAAAGUUGCCCAGAUCAUGAAUGAAUUGAUGAUGCGGCUCGGUUACAGCAAAUAUUGUUUGCAUGGUUCAGAUUGGGGUGCUGUUAUUGGCAAAUACAUUGCUAUACGACAUGAUGACAAUUGCAAAGGCUUCCAUACGAUCAUGCCAAUGUUUGUACCACCUGCUCCAUCAAUAGCAAACUUCAUGUCGCGUCCCAUGGCAGUGGCCAAGUAUUGUGCAAGCAUGUUAUUCGGCAACGACAUGGUGUAUGGCGUUGGCAAAGUCAAGACCAUUGGAAGAGGAUUUGCAGACAUUGACAAUAACGAGGAUGCUGGUUAUCGUGCCAUCCAAGGUACUCGUCCUUACACUUUGAGUUAUGCUUUGUCCGAUAGCCCUGUGGGCCUUUUAGCAUGGAUUCUCGACAAGUUUCAUCAUUGGACGUAUUAUGAAUCAGGCAAAAAGGAUGAAGCCAUUCUUCCUGAAACCAUCAGCAUGAAUGAGUUGCUCACCCACGUGAUGAUUUAUUGGUUGACCGGUAACAUGGCUUCAUCCGCUCGCUUGUAUUAUGAAGUGUAUCAUGAUCCCGCCUUCCAUGUGAUUGUAUCCACAACUCCCAUACGUAUCCCUGUAGCAGUUGGCGUUUUUCAAGAAGAAAUCACGGCUGUGCCUCGUGAAUGGGCGGAAGCUACAGCUAAUGUGCAACAAUGGUCCGAAUUUGAAAUGGGUGGUCAUUUUCCUGCUUUGGAAGUGAGCGAAUUAUUUAUCAAUGACAUCCAAAAGUUUGGUAGAAUGUUACAAUCAAAGAAUAGCUUUGAAUAA